AUGGCCUUCGUCGGAAGCGCAAUUUCGAGAAUCGUUGCCAGUGUUGCAACGCUACAGAACGAGACCACUUUUGCUGUUUCAAGCUUAAAUCUAAAUUUCACGUUGAUCAAAUUGAAGGCCCUGAGAGUGUAUAAGGGUGUCGGAGAAAGCAUCUCGAGUGCACGGAAGCACAAUGCUGAGACUGGCGGACUUCACAAGACAGCACGAAAGUUAGAGGCGCUUCUUAACGACAAGGCUCCUCUGGCUCCAGAAUAA